AUGGACCGGCUCCCCCAAGAGAUAUAUGAUGAAAUCGGCGCACUUCUACAUGAUCCAGCGUUUUGCCGGCCAGCCCUGGCCACCGUCUCACGCCAGUGGCAGAUAGCCAUCGAACGACAAACGUUCAGAAACAUCCGCUUGAGAAGCACCGACCUAGGCUGCUUCCAACAGAUCGUCCAACACCGGCGCCGUCGAUAUGUAAACGCAAUCAAUUACCUGAUUGUGCUGCCUGGCUAUAGCGAUGAGAAACGCCGCCAGUUCGAGCGCGAGGAUGAUCGGCGGGCUAACGACGAGGUCUUUACGACUGUAGUACAUCGCCUCUUCCAUCGGCUGGAGCACUGGGACGUCUCCAAGGACGGCUUCAUCAAAUUCUGCCUUCGAGAUGUAUAUUCGAGCGCCGAUCACGCCUUUCUACGUCGCUCGUCGCCUUCUUGA